CCAUGUCGUCUGCGGUGAACAAGUUUAGCCUGUUCGGUGACGAGACUGAGGAAGGGAAGGAAAAGCAGCAGCAGGGGCCUCUGAAGCAGAAAAUUCCUGAACAGCAUGGAAAUGGACAGCCUGUGUCACAAGGAUCUCAAAAACACAUCACAGAGAGGCCACCAGGAGGGCGUAUGGAUGAUCCUCAACAGCAAGGAAUAGGCAGGGGGCUGGCCCAGUAUCCAGUGUCAGGAAGAGGUAGCCCUCAACAACAAAGAGCUGGUAGAGGAGGACCUCAUCAUCAGGGGGUGGGAAGGGGAAAAUCUCCACAGCAUGAAACAGGCAGGGGUGGACCUCUGCAACAAGACCCUACAGGACCUGGGACUCACCAAGUGGAAAUAACUGCAGCAUCUGCUUCAGGCAUGGAGUCACUCUGUCCAAUCUGUAAAAACACAAAAUUCAAUUUUCAGUCUAAGGAACCACCCAACCAUAACACCUGUACACAAUGUAAAUCUGUUGUCUGCAGCAUGUGUGGCUUUAGUCCUCCAGAUGCAGCUGCUAAAGAGUGGCUUUGCCUCAACUGCCAGAUGCAGAGGGCCCUUGGAUUUGAAGAACCACCUACCCCAUUCAUAUCCAGCAAAAUUCCCACACCAUCUCCAUCCCCUGUCAAGCAAAGUUCAUCAACAGCACAAAAGAAGGAGACUACACAGAGUAAAACCUUACACCCAUCCUCCGGUCAGCAAAGCAAAUAUCCAGAGGGUCAUAAAACACCUGGACAGGACAGUUCAACUACAGCAAAAGAAACCACAUCAACUCCGCAUCUACAACAAAAGCCAACUCAGCAGCAAAAAGUAAAGGAUGCCCCAUCACCUGCAAAGUCUGAACCACGAAAACAACCUGAACCUCCCAAGGAGCAGUCUGGAUUUUUUGGUUUCAGAUCCCGUUCACCAUCUCCUCAGCCUCCAGUCUCUGCUGUAUCUGGGAAAGUUUUAGGCUUUGGCUCCUCCCUUUUCAGCUCUGCAUCCAAUCUGAUUUCAUCGGCUGUUCAGGAUGAGUCUUCCACGAUGCAGCCAACUUUGCAUAAAGCCUCCAGUGAUUCUCAAACCUCUGACAGGUCCACAACUCCAGCAUCACGCAAAGCAUCAGAGGACUCUAAGGACUCUCCAAAACUUCCUAAAACCCCAAAACAAGAGCAAAAGAAAACUGAAGUAGCUCAGCCAACCAAUGCCACUGUAAACCAAACGAAAGAGAAAUUGAUUUCUUCACCGUCCCCAAAAGCCAGUCCGAAACCCGUUCCCAAAGCCUGUCCAAUCUGCAAAGUGGGUCUCAAGAAAGAGCCUCGAAAUUACAAUACCUGCACUGAGUGCAAAACCGCUGUGUGUAACCAAUGUGGUUUCAAUCCCAUGCCUCAUCAAGCAGAGGGGAAAGAAUGGCUUUGUUUAAGCUGCCAGACACAAAGAGCACUAAAAGGGGUAGAAUCUCAAGGGUCUUGUGUGAUGAAGUCCCACCCUCAGCACCCUGAAGCCACAACCCAAAAGAAGGAUUCUACUACAGGUCCCACAUCAAAACAGACCACCCUCCGACCAAAAGAGAUUAGUUGUGCCAACCAGACAGUUGAUCAGAAAGAAGGAACUAGUAAACAGCAACAUAGUUCAACAGUAACAAAACUGACUAAUGAGCAUAAUGAGCAGACAGCAAAAACUGACCUACCUUCUACUCAGUCUGAACCAUCAUCAAGGGCAGAACCUUCUCAAGAAGAGACAGGUUUCUUUAAUUUUGGGUUUGGUGGUGUGCGUUCUCGAUCACCAUCUCCUCAGGUGGCUAACUCUUCUGUUUCUGGAAAGGUUCUUGGCUUUGGCUCCUCCUUACUCAGCUCAGCAUCUAACCUGAUACCAGCAGCUGUUCAGAAUGAGCCUUCCACCACACCACCAUCUUCUCGAAAGGGAUCUACAGUGUCUCAAACGUCUGACAAUGCAACCAGUACAAAAUCACAAAAAGGACCUGCAGCAUCAAAAAAUGAUGCCAAAAUAUCCUCAAUGAGGUCAGAAAAUAAAUCAUCAACUGCUGAUAAGGAUAAGACACCAGGACAUCAGCAGAGUAAGGCACCCUUAUCUCAAGAAAAGAUACCAGAACAUUUGCCAAAAAUAGAUAAAGAUGCUCAGCAUCUUCCCAAAGCUUGUCCACUCUGUAAAGAAGAGCUUAGGCAGGAUCCUCCCAACUACAAUGUCUGCACUGAAUGCAAAAAGUAUGUGUGUAAGCUUUGUGGAUUCAACCCUAUGCCUCAUCAGACAGAGGUGACAGAGUGGCUUUGUCUGAACUGUCAAAUGCAAAGAGCUCAUGAUAAUGCUCCAGUGGUGCCCCAGAAAAUAUCUGAACAACCCCAUUCUUCACCAAAGGCAGAAAUGGCUCCAUUCUUACAACAGAAAGAUACUUGUGCUGUGGACACUACAAAGAAAACAACUAACCCUAUAACAAGAGCUCCACAGAAAGACAAUAAAUUGGGGGCCAUUCAGAAAAUAGAGCAAGAGCAAACGGAGGCACCAAAUGACUCACUUCCUCUACACAAACAACAGCAGCUAGAAACUGGGAAACCGAAGGGUGAUACAUCAAAGAUAGACAAGUCAGAAACCAAGGAUGAAUCAGGUUUCUUUGGUUUUGGUUUUGGUGGUGCUCGAUCACGAUCACCAUCUCCCAAGCCUGCUGCCUCUGCAGUUUCUGGAAAGGUUCUAGGCUUUGGUACAUCCUUCCUCAGCUCAGCCUCUAAUCUGAUCUCUUCAGCUGUUAUGGAUGAGCCUUCCACGACACCACCAGCCUCUCGUAAAGGUUCAUCUGUCUCGCAAAGUUCUGUUAGUUCUACUACACCACCAUCCUCUCGAAAAGGUUCUGCAGUUUCACAGACUUUGUCCAAAUCAACACCACCCACUUCCCAUAAGGGUUCAUCAGUUUCACAGACAUCUUACAAGACUGGCUCUUCAGCCACAACACCAGUUACUUCACGCAAAGGGAGUGACAAUUCCCAGGACAUAACAAAGGAGACCAAAAAAUCUUCUAAUGAAAAGGCAGAAGAAAAGAAAUUCCAUGAACCACAGUCAUCUGAAACAAUAUCUGAAAAAGUUAAGGACUCUGCAGGUGUUGAUAAGUCAUCUCAGCAGCUACCAAAAACUUGUCCACUUUGCUUAACAGAUAUAAACAAAGAUCUCCCAAACUAUAGCACCUGUAAUGAAUGCAAGAGCAUUGUGUGUAACCUCUGUGGAUUCAGCCCCAUGCCUCAAGAAACAGAGAUAAUGGAGUGGCUCUGUCUGAACUGCCAUACAAGACGAGCAUCAGGAAUUUCUUCUAUGCAGUCUACCAAAAUCCCCCCAACAUCAUCUUCUCAAAAUAUGAAGACUUCUGUGUCAGAACACUCUAAGAAGAAGAAAGAUCUUCCUGAUAAAACUAUUCAAAAAGGCCAGACAACUGCUGAGAUAAAACAAAAAAAUGAAAUAUCUGCUGCAGCAGUGGAAAAGCAGGUCAAUCAGCAGCAGUCUACUCUACAACACAAUGUGGAGAAAUCUCAAAAGACUUCAAAAGUUGAGCCCUCUCCUGCCAUGGAUAAACCCCUUCAAGAAAACUCAGGAUUCUAUGGCAUUGUUGGGGCUCGAUCUCGAUCACCAUCCCCUCAGCCUGGUGUCUCUGCUGUUACUGGGAAGGGUUUAGGAUUUGGUUCUUCCUUUUUCAGCUCUGCAUCUAAUCUCAUCUCAUCGGCUUUUGAGGAUGAACCUUCCAUGACACUCCCAACCUCUCGCAAAGAUUCAUCAGUCUCUCAAAGUUCUAUUAGGUCCAGUACACCACCUCCAUCCUCCCGCAAAGGUGGAGAUCAAGAAUGA